AUGGCCGACGUUCCGCGCGCAACUCUGAAUACGGGAGCUAAGAUCCCUCUCAUCGGUCUCGGGUGUUGGAUGGGCGAGCCUGGAGCUGGCGAGCGCGCGUAUGAGAUGACCAAGAAAGCCAUCGCUGCGGGAUACAGGCACAUCGACACCGCCGCAGGAUACGCCAACGAAGAAUACGUAGGGAAAGCGAUUCGUGACUCAGGCAUCCCGCGCUCCGAGUUCUUCAUCACGACCAAGCUUCACAACGUGCACCACGACCGUGUAUCUGCCGCCCUCUCCGACUCACUCAAAGCGCUCGGCACAGACUACGUCGAUCUAUACCUCAUACACUGGCCUCAAGCAGCCAAGGGCGAGGUCACCGACUUCAACGCGAGGACGUUACAACCUGACGAGCAUCCCACUAUCAAUGAAACCUGGGCCGAAAUGGAGAAGGAGUUUGAGAGCGGGAAGGCGAAGGCCAUUGGUGUGAGCAAUUUCAGCGUGAAGAAUCUGGAGAGGCUGGAGAAGACUUGGAAAGUCGUGCCGGCAGUGAAUCAGGUCGAGAUGCAUCCGUUUCUGCCGCAGCAGGAGACGAAGAGGUGGUGCGAGGCGAAGGGCAUACAUAUGACGGCGUAUUCGCCUUUCGGCCAGCCGACCGAUGCCUCGACAGGCCCAUCAUUGCUGAAGAACGAAACGAUCGGUAAGAUCGCGGAGAAGUAUAGUGCCACGUCGGGCCAGAUUAUACUCAGCUGGAGCCUCCAACGCGGGACGAGUGUAGUACCCAAGAGCGAGAAUGAGGACCGGUUGAGGAAGAAUAUCACCAUCGUGAAGCUUGAGGAUGCAGACGUUAAGACUAUCGAUGAGCUGCAUACUCAACCGGGCUUGCACCGCUCGUUGCUCAUGUACCAUGAUCAUGGGGUUGUAUUUGGCUGGACGCACGAGCAGCUCGGCUGGCCGUUCGACGCGGAGGGCGUUGUUGUGCAGGCGUGA